AUGGUGAACUCGAGUGGUGAAGGAGGGAAGAUCGAUUGGAUACCGGAGGUCCCGACUAAGGUGCGGUGUUUCAUUUGGAGGGCUGUCUUAAAUGGUAUCCCAACUGCAUGUGCCCUUCAAAAGAGAGGAAUCAAUUUUAAUAUAGUUAUGUGCAGCUAUUGUGAUCUGGAAAGAGAAGAUACCGAUCAUGUUUUGAUCAAAUGUUCGAUGGCAGCAAAGGUGUGGGAGGAGAUAUUCAGGUGGUAUGGCAUUUCUCAACCCCAAUUUGGGAAUAUAAGUGACAUGGUGGAGUUUUGCUCAAAAUGGGGAAGUUGCUUAAAGAAGAGAAGGAACCUAAUUAGCAUUUGUUAUGGCACUGCAUAG